GAUUUGAGGGGCUGCAGGAACUUGAAAGCGGCACACUUCAAUGAGGCUGCACCAGAGGAGUUAUUGGGGGCGCCAGAGGGGUGUUGGCUCAUAAUGGAAGGCAGGUAUGAGACCAUAAUGCAGCGCUGGGAGAAGUACAGUCAGGUGUGCACUGGCAUAUGCAUGGAAUGGAUGACUCAGCCACCUGCCAUCCUGAGUGUGCCUUGCCCAUUUCUGACCUGCCUGGAGAUUUACAGCAAUGGGAACGGGAUUGACGACAGGAUCUCCAUUGUGAUCAGUGGCCCAAUGCCAACUCUGCGUCUCCUGGACAUCCAGUGUCUUGAUCUGUCCCUGAGGAUAGAAAGCUCGCUCCGGCUGCACCGGCUCAAGAUCAAAGCGCGCAACAUUGACGAGCUUUUAGUCAGAGAUGUGUCUGCGCUGACAGUUCAGAUGAACACUCUCAUAGUGGAAGGAACAGUUCGCUCAGUUGUGCCGAUGGUCCAUUUCUGCAUUGAAGAGCUGUUGGCGGCUUUUGCUGUAAAGAAAAUAUCGCGUGGUACAAGUGAGGUUGUUGCUUGGCGACAUGUUGAGCCAGUUCACGCCAUGCUCAGCAAGGAUGUUGAGCAGUUGGAGUGCAUGUGUGGUGGAGCUUGCUUCAAAUGCUUGAGGCGUUCAGGAAUUUUUGACUUUGCCAAGGGACCAUACGAAUAGGUCAGUAUAUAUAGCUAUAGGGUCCAGGCUUACAGACUUGAAAUUUAUUUCCCAGAUACUUUUCAGGUGUAAGAAAUUAAUUUUUCUCC